CCAUACUUCACCUUGGAAAACUGGCGACGGUUUUUGAUGCUUCUCUAUCAUCCACUUUCAGGACCCGUUUGUGCUGGUGUGGUCGGACAACGUAUGCCCCGAUAUUGUUUGUUCGGUGACACGGUGAAUACGUCUUCAAGAAUGGAGAGCAACGGACUGCCCCUGAAAAUCCAUAUAAGUGAAGCCUCCUUCAACGUGCUACGAACUUUCAAGUCAUUUAUCAUGACCAAACGUGGUUCGAUGGAAAUGAAGGGAAAGGGGGAACAAACGACGUACUGGUUACACGGUGAGGGUAAUUUUAUCGUGGAUCCUGUGCCAGAAGGUGAGCCGCUGGUUGGUGGCCCAUACGAUGGUGCUGUAGGUCCACUGCCCAUAGAUACGCGUCCAGAAAGCCAUCCCACUGGUGAUCUCUCACAGUCGGGGCGGCUCCAAGGAAAUAACCGGGGUGCGGCUCCGCAGAACAAGGGUGCACUGUUAUCUCAGGACUCCACGCUCAUAACUAUACCCGAAUUCCCCGCGACAAACCCAUCAGAAGCUAUUAUCCCUGAAGAAUUUGUAAACCCGAAAGAUCGCAGUAAACGACGUAUCGGGAUUUGUCAUCCUCAGAGUAUUCAAGUACCUUGUGAUAAUGAUACAAACGUGACGAAAUUAGAGACUGCCGGUGUGUGAGCCGUACGACCUCGCGCCGUGCCAUUUUACUACCUUUCUUCCCCCUCCCUGUUCAAGAAAACAUACCCUUUUUUUACAGAUUCUCACCUGUUUUGUCUGUGAAAUGGCAUCUCAGUCCACAUUUCCCACGGUCUUUCAUCUCUAUCUAGCCACCGUGUGCUUGUCUUUCUGCUCGUGCGACCCACCUAUCUGUCCGCUUUCCAACUAACUUGUGUUCUUCAAAUGUCUAAUCAUCUCCGUCGCCAGUGGUUCUGUCUUUUUCACUGUCUGUUCAUGGGACUCUCAUUCACAUGUGUAGUCAGAAUAGUGAGGUCCGAACCCACUUUCUGGAUAAGAAUCGCACCACAAGUUUACAACGACGACAAAUCAAAUUGGCGCUCUGUUAAAUUUGGAAUUUGCUGAGGAAUGCACUCGUUCAGGUUCUCCCCUGACCUUCUUGUGAUAUAUGGCAGUGAGGGUAGGCGAUUUAUGACUCUCGUCCAUCUGCUGAUUCAGUAGCUUGAUCAUGCAGCCAUGCUACAUCAACUGCUGAAAUUUACCUGAAUUCUAGUUAUUUUCCGUUUUUACUAUGCCGUUUCCUGCCUCGUUACUGCCAGAGGCGCCCUCACCAACCCUAUUUCUCUGAUCACAGAUAAGCGAGUCCACAAUUCUGUCUUCUUCUGCCCCUGCUGCUGUCCCUUCUCUCUUCGAAUUGAAGUCCUGUUAUUUUUUGUACAGACAUUUUUACCGUGGUUACAGACGACACCCGCACGCACACACACAGUGACAUACAAGCAAACGUUUUUCAUUGACUGUCGAAUAUGAUAGAUCAUACUCUCCCCCCUCCCCCAUAAUCCCAUCUUCCUCUACUCAGCUCAGCUCAGGUUUCUUCCAAUUCUGUACAGUUUAGCAUUUCCAUUUCUAACAAUGACUUGCCAUUGGCCACUGCAGCCACCCUCGUGGUCUGGAUUGGUGGUUUGGUGCUUGUGGGAGGGGGUGGAAGACCGCUAUUGUUUCCGGACUGUCAUUAUCGCUAUCACUUCCACUUUUUCCCGUUUCGAAACAGCAGUCUUCAAUGGGCGACAUAUGGGUGUGUGUGUGUG